ACAAACAAAAGUUCCAGCCGCGCGAUACAGCGCCAAGACCGACGCGUCUGGAGAGCUCCGAGCUCGACUUUCCACUCCCAGUCCUUACACUCACACCAAAACAAACCUUGAUAUUCUCUCAAUCCCCCGGGCCACGGUCGCUUCCUAAAAAUCUAGCCGACAUCGAAGUUGAGGGCGCGCAUCAUGCCGGCGCUUCGCAGUACCAUUGACCGCCUCGACAAGCCAAGUUCGUAUGCGACAGCAAAGAAGCGCAGACGCGACCGCAAUGGACGUGACGAUGACCGCGGCCGCUCUCCCUCACCCGAAGACAAGCUCAAAGACGCAACUACGCUCUACGUCGGUAACCUUUCCUUCUACACCACCGAAGAACAAAUCCACGAGCUCUUCAGCAAAUGCGGCGAGAUCAAGCGCUUAGUAAUGGGUCUCGAUCGAUUCCAGAAGACGCCAUGCGGAUUCUGCUUCGUCGAAUACUACACACACCAGGAUGCGCUGGACUGCAUGAAGUACAUUGGUGGCACUAAGCUCGAUGAGCGUGUCAUCAGGACGGAUCUGGACGAGGGUUUCGCCGAGGGAAGGCAGUACGGACGUGGAAAGAGCGGCGGUCAAGUGCGCGACGAGUACAGGGCCGAGUAUGAUCCUGGCAGAGGCGGAUACGGCAGAGCUGUGGACGAAUAUCACGAGGCACAGUAAGAUGACAACGGACUAAUACCUCUCGGACAACCAGGACGUUAGACACGAGAAAAACAACUAGGCCAUAUUGAUCAGGAGAACCUAGCGCCGCCGCGCUAUGCCACAUGGGCGAGCAUGACCACGCUGAGACUGAAGACGAUGUAGGGCAAUUUAGUUAUCCUGGGAAACGCACUCAGCCCAAUUUCGACUGGGUGUCUAAAC